GUAUAUAAACUGGAAAAUGAGAAAAGCAAUUUACUGUGUUCCUGUUCCAGGGAGAAGUAUCACCCAGGAGGACAGCAAAAGAGGAAAAAGAACCAAACAACAAUGCUGAGGUUUGCUGUCACCCUCUUUGCUGUCAUAACGUCAUCUACCUGCCAAAAAUAUGGAUGUCUGGAAGGGGGCACCCACAAAGUGAAGCCAAGUCCUGAGCCAAAUAUGCACGAGUGCACUCUGUACUCCAAAUCUUCCUGUUGCUAUGCAGACUUCACAGAGCAAUUGGCUCAUUCCCCAGUAAUUAAAGUAAACAACAGCUACUGGAACAGAUGUGGGCAGCUCAGUAAAUCCUGUGAAGAUUUCACAAAGAAAAUUGAGUGCUUCUACCGGUGUUCUCCACAUGCUGCUCACUGGAUCCAUCCCAACUCCACUGCCGCUAUUCAGUCUGUUCCAUUGUGCCAAAGCUUUUGUGAUGACUGGUAUGAAGCCUGCAAAGAUGAUUCCAUAUGUGUUCAUAACUGGCUGACGGACUGGGAAUGGGAUGAAAGUGGAGAAAACCACUGUAAGAAUAAAUGUAUUCCAUACAGUGAGAUGUACGCAAAUGGGACUGACAUGUGCCAGAAUAUGUGGGGGGAGUCAUUUAAAGUGAGCGAAUCCUCCUGCCUCUGCUUGCAAAUGAACAAGAAGGACAUGAUGGCAAUGAAGUAUCUCCUCUCCGAAAGCUCCGAGGAAAGCUCCAGCAGCAGCAGCAGCAAUAGUGAGGAGCAUGCCUGCCAAAAGAAACUCCUGAAGUUUGAGAAGCUAAAGGGAGAGGAAGGGGAACAGACAAGAUAAGUGCUGGUGGAUGUAUGUCAGGACAAGAGAAAUCGUCGUGGAGGCUGGGCUCAGGGCAUCACGCCAGCCUGCUUUAUCCCUUACUUCCGAGAACAUAAUAAAUCAAUGGCUGGUUAUAUUAA